AAAUGGAGAAACUGAUUUGUGUGGAAACAUGGAUUCUAAAAUAUUUCUGAAGUAGAUUUUUUAUAGGAAUCUCAGUUCAAUCAAGAAGUGCAGAGAGCGUUUUAAUUAUGGAGUCCCAUGGCUCAACGCUGUGCCACAACCAGUUUCAGACUGGACAAGAUAGAUCACCUGCUGAAUGGCAAAGGCCUUCGCACUCCCGGAGCAGCAGCACUGCAUCCUCUCGUCAAUCCAGACAGAAUAUAAAAGACUGGGAGAUAAUGGAUGACAUGCAGAAGGAUUUUGAUGCCAGUGGUGAGACCGUGCAGGAUACGAGUCCUCCUGCCAUCUGUGAAGGCUACUUGAUGAAGAGGAGAAAAUGGCAUCUCAAAGGCUGGCACAAGAGAUACUUUGUACUGGAAAAAGGAAUUCUCAAAUAUUCAAAAAACCAAUAUGAUUGUUCUAAAGGGAAAUUAAAUGGGUCAAUUGAUGUCAGUCUGGCAGUGAUGUCUGUAAACAAAAAAGCAAGACGAAUAGACUUGGAUACUGGAGACAGCCUCUAUCACAUUAAGGCAAAGAACCAUGAUCUGUAUUAUAUAUGGGUGACCAAACUAAGUGCCCAUCGGAUGUAUAAGAGGAAUGAAGCAGCACAUGAUCACAACAACCUGCUGCGGGCCCUGUCUCGAAGCAGCAAUGUGCUUCAAGGAAAUAGUGCAAUGCAAAAUGUGUGCCAGAACAUGUCUCAGGACUCAUACUUGGGUGAUACUGCAGCUCAGAGUGAAGACCUGGAUGUGACAGACACUGGUGUCAAUGGGAAAGUGUGUGCUUGGCUGCAGCAGGCCCAGGACCCAGACAGCUGCACUCAGGAACUCAACCGCUGUCAAAUAGAGCUGAACGAUCUAAACCGGUUGGUGCAGAAACUUCACAAUCUGGAAUUAGACAAGGCUGUUAGUAAUGGAGAGCUAAAGAGAAUCAUCAGCAUGCAGAAUCUUUCACUUGAGAGGCCCAAGAAGAAAUCUAGCAGGAUAUGGGGACACACUCAUACACUUGGCAUGCCACUACGUAGGAUUACUAAAUCGUUCUCAUCGUCCCACUUGGGCGCUUCGAUGCCCUCCAUCCCUGAAUAUGUCCACACCCAGCUUGCCCCCUCAGGCUCCUCUAGCUCCCCUGAAAGCAAAAAACUUUACCAGGACAUCUGCACUGUGUCCCAAAGAGUGCAUGGCACUCUGAGGUCUGUGCACGAGGCUCUGUUUCUGGAGCGGCAGAGGAUACAGGACAGCUGGUCCAGCAGCGAGCUUCGCCAGAACACAUCUGCUCAAAUUAACAUAUGCAGUACCCUAACUGAGUUAGACAUGAAGUCCCGGCAAACACAAAUCCACACAAGGUCAGAGUGCUCUGACUCCUCUGAGGAAUCCUAUCACACUGUGACCCUGAGAAAGUCUGAAUCGAUAUGCCGUGGCUCAGUGACCGACUCAGUGGCAGAGUAUUUUGAUGCAUAUUCUGAGAUUUGUGAAAGUUUCUCUGAAGCAUCGGAUGAGUCGGGUCUAAGUGAUGUCUCCAGUAAUUCAGAGCCUGAAAAAGACCAUGUAACAGCGACACUGAAGUACCGUGCCAGCCUUUCCAAAGCAUCAGCAAAACCCAGGUUGAUUUUGGGGAGAUCUGUCCACCGCACAACACUGCCUGCAGUUUGCCCUGAUAACAGUCAUGUAGGCCUUAUGACCAUUCUUUAUAACAACAUUGGGAAAGACCUGUCACGUGUAUCCAUGCCUGCAGCACUGAAUGAGCCUGUAAAUCUACUCCAGAGGCUCUGUGAGGAACUGGAGUAUUCAGAGCUACUGGACACAGCCAACCGUACUGAUGACCCCUACCAGAGAAUGGUGUACAUUGCUGCCUUUGCUAUCUCUGGCUAUUCUUCAGCUCAGUAUCGUAACCGGUAUAAGCCCUUUAACCCAGUUCUGGGAGAGACAUUUGAGUGUGUAAGGGAGGACAGAGGUUUCCGCUUUAUUAGUGAACAGGUUUGUCAUCACCCACCCAUCUCCGCUUGCCAUGCUGUCUCAGACAACUUUUGCUUUUGGCAGGAUCAGAGAUGGAAGAACAAAUUCUGGGGAAAGUCUUUGGAGAUAAUGCCAGCUGGAAUGGUCAAUGUAACCCUAUCAAGGUAUGGAGACCACUAUGAAUGGAAUAAAGUGGUGACUUGCAUUCACAAUGUCCUGAGUCAGCAGCGCUACCUAGAGCACUAUGGGGAGGCAACAAUCCGUAACUUGAACAGCUCUGUCUGUACCUGUAAGAUCACAUUUGUUAAGUCUCGCUAUUGGGGCUCAGAUGCAAAUAAGAACGAGGUUCAAGGGCAGGUACUAGAUGAGAGUGGUAAUAUAGUGCAUCGAUUUGGAGGAUUCUGGCAUGAGGGGAUUUUCUGUGAUACACUACCCAAUCCUCAAUGUAUCUGGAAACCAUACCCUCAGCCUAAAGACCACAUGCUGUACUAUGGAUUCUCCAACUUUGCAAUGGAAAUGAAUGAGCUAAACCCUGAACUUGAACCUCUGCUGCCCCCAACAGAUACACGUCUGCGUCCAGACCAAAGGAUGUUGGAGGAAGGCAGGGUGGAGGAGGUAGACAAAAAGAAAGAUGAGGUGGAGGAAAAACAGAGAGAACGGAGGAAGAUUUUGGCCAAGCGAGGAGAGCCGCAUAUGCCUCGUUUCUUCAGGAAAUCUGUUGAUGCAGCUGGUAAAGAAGUGUGGCUCACUAAUGGAACUUACUGGAAGCUGAGAGAGAAUCCUGGAUUCUCAAACAUGAAAAACUUGGAAUUAUGGUGAAGUCUCAGAGGAGUUUAAGACUUUGGACUAUAAAACUUUCUUACACCUUUCUUGAAGUAUGUGGACUUGAACUCAAAGCAAAUAGUAGAGCAGAGAUGAACUGCCCAGGACAGACUGGGCAAGGAUAAAGCUCUUGACCAAAGACCAAGAUUUUCUCUUGUUCUCUAUUGAAGUAUACAUUACAGGCAUUAUUUAUGGCUGGACACUUAAAUCUAAUUAUUUAGUGGUUAAUCCAUCUGUGUAUCUACCUUCUUCCUUAAAAUGAUUGUUAUCUACAAAGGACAAAAACUUGGGAAGAUCAUUGUGUUGUGUUAGUUCUUUUAAUCAAAACCAUGUGGGUUGUAGAAAAAAAUAAAUCGUAUUUUGAAGCUUCUGCUAAACCA